AUGCUCUCUUUCCUCCGCAGUCUCUGCUGCCUGGGCUCCUCGCCCUCCUCGCCGACCACCCCUCUGCCGCCGCCGCGCCCUCAUGCCGGCCCGCGUCCUGGCCCGCGUCCCGCCGCCCUGCCCGCCAUUGCUUUCCUGCCGGUGCAGACCGGGCGAGUGCCCAGCGCACUGCUCGUGAGGCGCAGCCUCGCUGGCCACCCCGUCCCCACCAACAUGACCGUGACGAUCCCGGCCUGA